UCCGGCUGGGAAGAGGCUCGAGGCACGCCUGUGACAUCAUUUCUGCGCGACCCUUCUUUUUUGGCAAGAGUUUUCCUGCUGCUCUUCAGAACUAUGCCUAAAGUAGUGUCCCGGUCGGUAGUCUGCUCCGACACCCGGGAUCGGGAGGAGUAUGACGACGGCGAGAAGCCCCUCCACGUCUACUACUGUUUGUGUGGCCAGAUGGUCCUGGUGCUGGACUGUCAGUUAGAGAAACUGCCCAUGAGGCCCCGGGAUCGGUCCCGGGUGAUCGAUGCUGCCAAACACGCCCACAAGUUUUGUAACACAGAAGACGAGGAGACUAUGUACCUUCGGAGGGACACCAGUCAUAUUGGAUUAAGGGCACAUCCUACCCAUCUGCAUGACCUCAUCGUAACUAAUUAUAUCUGCAAGGACCCUCUUUCCAAGCCUGAAGGCAUUGAACGACAGUACCGGAAGAAGUGUGCCAAGUGUGGACUGCCACUCUUCUAUCAGUCCCAGCCGAAGAACGCUCCUGUGACCUUCAUCGUGGAUGGAGCAGUGGUCAAGUUUGGCCAGGGUUUUGGCAAAACAAAUAUCUAUACCCAGAAACAGGAGCCUCCUAAGAAGGUGAUGAUGACCAAACGGACGAAAGACAUGGGCAAGUUCAGCUCUGUCACGGUGUCUACGAUUGACGAAGAGGAAGAGGAGAUCGAGGCUAGAGAAGUCGCUGACUCGUACGCGCAGAAUGCCAAGGUCAUUGAAAAGCAGCUGGAGCGCAAAGGCAUGAGCAAAAGGCGGCUGCAGGAGCUGACUGGCAGGUAUCAGCUCUGGUUUGAAUCUCUCUGCUGUCGGAAGAAAAUCCAUAAAAAAGCCAGAAUGUACGUAGAGCUUCCUUUACUUGAUGUUCAGAGAAACUUGCCCAGUCACAGACUCCAGAAACAGCACAGCCUUGCUUCCUGUACUUCAAAUAUUAAAGCUCUGGGUGAGUUCUUCCUUCUCAGACUUUGUACUUACGAAGGAACAGCCAGAUUAGAGUGGGCGGGGGCAGGGCAGCUCGGCUCCAAAUGGAAAUGGGGUCUCGGUAAGCAGCCUCAGCUAAUAACUGCCCAUCCCUUCACGCAGCUGACAAGAGUAUGGGAGGGAGACGUAGAGGAAGAAACGAUACUGACACAAAGGGGCCUGUCGGCCAUCGGGUAUUUCACAUUCGCUAUCCGUAGAGGAGUGUUGGAUAGUUAGACACUUAGUGCCCCGCUCUUUUGGUGAUGUCAGUACGUAGUGUUGUGUACGUGGUUUUAUCUGUUCCCCGGUAUGACGAGCUGUCGGGGCAGGAAGGGCACUUUAACCUCGUGGCGUCGUCUGCCGUGGGUUCAGUCGCCCCGGACGUGUGUGUGAGGUGCUGUCGGGAAAUAAUAGGACAUUUUUCUCUGCCUUUUUUUCCCCAGCUUCCUUAUUUGGAAGGAGAAGUAGGUUGCAGUAGGGGUGGACGGGAGUUAGCAAGAAGUGGGAGAAAGGCGGGGGGGGGGUGGCGGUCCGGGGACAGCCCCGGGCGGGGCCGUGUUUCCAUCUUCCCAGUUAGCCUCCUGCACCCAGCGGGCUCUUUGCAUCUGAGGCGUCCCUCCCCACCUCAUUUCCUGUCCUCACCCUGAGAGGUGCUUAGACACCAUGCGGGUGGUCGGCUGUAACCUCCGCACAGUUCCUUGACUUCGCCUCCAAACGGUGACCUUUACCUUCACGCUAGCCACGAACCGCCAUGACCACAGCCCGGCGGGCCUGUCCCGCCACCUCUGAAAGCCAAGAUUCCUAGAGAUCCAGAGCUCUGUUCUGGGACCACAGCCUCCACUUCCUCUGGCUUCCACUAGCCCUGUUCUGUUUGGUUUUUGAUUUGAAGGGUGGUUACUUCCUCAUUUUACAAAGGAGUAUCUCAGGCUCUGGGAGUUAUAAGUUUCCCGAGAUCCCAUAGCCAUCAAGUGAUAAAGCCAGAAAUCUGACUGCAGAACUAGGCUGAACUGCCUCUCCUGGGGGACUUUUAAGAAAUAUAUUGUUGACAACAGAUAGCAGUUUCAUUUUGAGAAACCAAGUAAAAUGCGUUGUAAAGACUCUUACGUGGGGGGCUCCCUGUAGGAAAUGUGUCGUUACCUUUCCACACAUUUUCUGAAAUAUUCGUCCUUAGAUACUAGCCCUAAACCAUUGGAGCAUCUGGUUCAAAUUGUGCAUUUUGCUUCAUCUUUAAGACUGCCAAUCAUUAGGACAUUAGCACUAGAUAAGCACGUGCCCUUUAGUGUUUUAUUCUCUCGUUCUGAAAUGCUUAUUGACAUAGUUUCUCUAUUACCUUUAUUUUCUUGUAGAAUGUGAGCAGCAAAUACAGGGUUUUAGUGUUAGGAUAAAGAGCCAUGUGGAAAUUUUGGAGUCUUACUCUGUGUGUGUGUGUGUGUGUGUGUGUGUUUGCACAUUGUCAACUGUCAUAAAAUAGUAAAAUGUAAAAUGUUUAAUAGCUGUAAUAAUUGGUGACAUUUGGAAGUGUAAUUAUACUGCAUGAGAGAAGUUAAAAUGCUUUUUAAAAACUAGCUUGCCUCGACCAUGUGGGGAUCCUUAUCACCGGGGACCACCUCCUUUCCGUAAGGAAAAAACUUCCCUUUUUGUCUUCCUUGAUGUUUUGUUCUGCCGCGCCUUCACCUGUCUGACUGCUCCGAGUUUUCACUCACUUCGAACAAAGCACAGUCCCUCACACUUGAGCUUUUAGGAUUUGAGAAUUCCUCCAGGAAAACGAAAAGCAUCACGUAGAGUGAACUGAACCGGCUUCUAAACUUCGUAGGACCCCGAUCCUCCUGUUUUCUCCCAGUGUUGCCAUUCUGUCACUACCUCUCUUCCUUUGGGCCCAGCCUGAUCCUCUGCUUGGGGAUCUGAAGGCCCCUCACCUUCAACUCUUCUCACCUUGAGUUUGUGUGUGUGUGUGUUUUUUUUUAAGUAGGCUCCACGCCCAACGUGGGGCUUGAACUCACGACCCUGAGAUCAAGAGUCGCAUGUCUACCAACUGGGCCACCCAGGUGCCCCUAGUUUUGUUUCCUAAGUAAACUCUACGGCCCAACAUGGGGCUUGAACUCAUGACCCGAAGAUCAAUGGCCGCAUGCUCUACCGACUGAGCCAGCCAGGGUGCCUGGCCUUGAGGUUUUUUACCUUAGAAAAAAACCUUUUUUUUUUUAAUGUUUAUUUAUUUUUGAGAGAGAGAGAGAGAGACACACACACCAUGAAUGAGGGAGGCUCAGAGAGGAUGGGAGACACAGAAUCGCUAAUGCCAGCGCCGCCUCUAGCUCGCCGAGCUCCAAAGGAGAAGGGGAUUAAGUAGGGAGGUCUCCCCACCGUUGCUUGGACAAAGCAGGCUGCACGCGAGUCGACCGGUGCCACCGAGGAAGCAACCGGCUACAAAAGCCGCUCGCAAGAAUGCGCCCUCUACUGCAGGGGUGGAGAAACCUCAUCGUCACAGGCCCAGUACCGUGGCAUUCCACGAAAUUACAGGUUAUCAGAAGUCCGCGGAACUUCCGAUCCGCAAACUUCCUUUCCAGCGUCUGGUGCGGGAGAUCGCUCAGGACCUCGAAACAGAUCUGCGCUUCUGGAGUGCGGCUGGCGGUGCUUUGCGGGAGGCAAGCGAGGCCUACCUGGUGGGCCUCUUGGAAGACACCAGCCUGCCAGCUGUCCGUGCUAAACGUGUAACAAUCAUGCCCAGCUAGCACGCGGCAUACAUGGAGAACGUGCUUAAGAAUCCGCUCUGAUGGAAAACGUUUCAUUCUUUCAUUUAAAAAAAAUUCUCUUCUUCCUCUUAUUGGUAGAUAUUUUUUUUUUUCCUAUGGGGUCAAAGGUACCUAAGUAUAUGAUUGCAAAUGGAAAAACGGGGGACAGAAGUAGGUAUUGGCAGUUUUUCCAUUUUCAUUUGUGUGUGAAUUUUUAAUACAAACGUGGGGACACAAAGCAUUGAUGCGAGUCAAAAUGUUGCGGUGAACACAUUUCAGCAGUUCAACUUUAUAACCAUUAUAAAUAAACCUGUUACAUUUUUCUGGA